AUGAAUAUUCAUUUAAAUGACGAGAAAACGAGCCGUCAAUUAAUGAGUGACGAGAAGACGUCCAAUGAAUGCAACUUUUGGGAGUUGAUCACUGAUGUGGCCAAGGAUUUAGACCUCGCGCUACAGGAUUUGUCGCCCGACUUUGAGAUAUCGAAGAAUAUAAGCCAUGGAAUUAUCGAUGAAAAUGCCGACAAUAAUGGCCGGCGACCAGAGAGGAGCGGUUCCUCACCAGAAGACACCCUUCUAUUCGAGUCGAUUGCUGUCGGAAUUGCAGGAAAUGAUUCACAACAGCAAACAAAACCAAAUACAGAUCCAAACCAUUUCCACAACAAACCAUAUGAUCACAAAAUUUGCGCUGAGGUAUCACCUGAUAAGACCCCAACUCUAUCUCAAACUAAUUUCUGCGCUCUUUUGCCAACUUUUACGGCUCACUCCUCGUCUGUGUCCUCAUCUAAACAAAUGAUAAAUUCUUCGACUUUAAUGUCUUCUCAAACUGAGACUAAAAAGCCUUCUUAUAGCUCGCAAUUGCUUUCAGUGAUGGAUAACUUUGGUAUCACUUCUCAUAAUUCAGAGUCUCUUUCUGAAAAACAAAACCCGUCAGAAGUGGAGAGUCUGUCCAAUAAUACAUCAAUUGAUGACAAAAAUGAUGACAAUUCAGACGCCAGUUGUGAAUCAAUUCCGGCCACAAUUGGACUCUUGGAGCAUCUGAUCCGUUGUCACCCGAUUUGGUUUUUGUCCGAAAUUGGAAGAGGGGGUGUCGUACACCUCCUUCAGGGCAAAGAGCCCGGAUGUUUCAUU